UUUUAGCAUUCAUUUAUAACUUUGGUGGACUGUUCUGAUUUGAAAGCAGACUGCUGGCUUUAUCAGGGCAUGAGCAGAAGUGACCUAGAACUGCAAACAAAAUGCUGCUUCUAGCUUCAGCUUUUUUUCUAACACUACUGCAGUGUUCUAAUGCCCAAAACAAAGCAAGCUUUACACCUGCAGACUGUAACACCAUUGAAACAGAUGCAGGAGUGGCCCUGGAUUUGGUCAACAAACACCGCAGAGAUGGUUAUGUUUUUGGUUUAUUCCGUGUUGCCGAUGCACAUGAACUACAAACAGGAAAUUCAUCAGUCCUCUACCUAACUUUGGAUGUGCUGGAAACGGAAUGCCCUGUCUUAUCCAGAAAACACUGGGAGUCCUGUGAAUACAGUGAUACGUAUCCCAUGGACUUUGGGCAAUGUAAGAUUAUCACAUAUACGAACCAUCUGCUGAAGAAACCUCAGCUAUAUGGAUUUAAUUGUACAUUAAGUCCAGUUCCACCUGACUUAUUAGAGUGCAAAGAUUGUCCUGUGAAAAUUGAAGCCUUAGAAGUCACAGAGCAACAUAAAGAUAUUGCUACAAAGGCCCUGAAGAAAUUCAAAAUUGAAAGUAACCACACAAACUACUUCGCUGUGGACAAAGUUGAAAGGGUUUUAAAGGUGACUGGCUCCCGGGAAGUUCACAUUUUAGGAUUCUCUAUAAAGGAGACCAACUGUUCCAAAACUGUGGAGCAAGAAGAUCAGGCCCUGGAUUGUGUUUUUCUCCAUGACUGGCAUGCUCACAUGGGAUUCUGCACGGCAAGAGUUAUAAGUGAUGCAGACGAACCUGAUGGAACAGAUAUAAGUUGUGAAAUCUACCAUCCCUGGCAGCUUGGCUUUGGGCGAAGAGGCAAAGGUGGAAAACCACACAGACAUCCCCAUUUCCAUCAUCAUUUUGGUCACAGACAUCAUCAUGGACAUCAUCACAGACAUGAAUGUCCACCCUCUUCUCAACCCAGACCUGAAGACUCUGAGCGCAAACACAACUUCAGCAAGGAAGAUCAAGACAGCCGUGAAGGACCUGCUCCUUCUUCUCUCCCUCCUCCCCAUGAUGAACCAGGUCAUCACCAUCCUCCUCACCAUCAUGGACCACACUGUCCUCCUCCUCCUCCUCCCCCUCCUCAUGGACCAGAUCACCCCCAUCCUCCUCACCAUCAUGGACCACAUCCAGGACACCCUCCUCAUCACUGUCAUCACCAUUACAGACAUCACUGCAACAAGACAAGCAUGUCAGGAAAGUAUUUUCCAUGCCACAUGACAGGAACUAUCUAUCGCAUUCCAGUUCUAAAUCAGCAGGAUUCUCUCACACCUCCCAGUGCAAACUUUCCUGAGCUAUCCCAGUUCAACACUCACUCUUCCAGCACUGGUGAAGGACUAAAGGAGAUGCCAGAAGAUCCAGGUUUUCCAUAUCACCUUACACAAUCAGAAUCAUGCCCAGGAAAACCCAAACUUGUUCUUCCAAAAAUUUUGCCAUUAUUUCCGCAGAGCUCCAUGGCAGAAAAUUCUCCUAUAUGACCCCAGAGAAAGAUGUUCCUGGCUUGAGAGUUGCAGGGCCAAUGACAGUUCUUCAAUGAAUGAAAACAGCACACGGAGAAGGGGGGAAAGCAUUCAACUUCUAGGGAGGAGAAGCACUGAAAAUAAUCAUUAAGUAUUCCAACCUGUGUCUUCAUCCUGGCUAUCUCAGGCUCCACUGUGACUGAAAGGCUCAAAAUUCUGAGUCCCUUAGGUACUGUGAAUGGGUAAAAAUCUCGCCAGUAAACAAUGUUCCUUCAGUUCUAACUAAAAGGAAAAUUCCCUAAUAGUGAAAACUACCACCUAAAAUCUUUAAUUUUGUCAUAAUUCAUAAUUACAAUGUACUUCUCAGAGGAAUCUGACCUAGAGGAAAUUUGACUGCCUUCUACAAAAAGUGACCCAUGGCACUACAUUCAUGCUUUAUACAGAUUCAAAGAAAAUAAAAAUAUGCAAGAAUUUUUUUCUUGA